AUGAAUUUAUUUCGGAUUUUGGACAGUACACCCGAGCCGCCUAUCGUUGACUUGGAAAUCGACCACAUCAAUGAUAGCGGUGAGUACAACCUUACCACACCAAUUUAUGAGUUUCAGAGAGAAUUGACCGACCAAAUUGUAUCCUUACACUAUAGUGAUAUUUUAAAGUACUGUGAAACAAACGAUAAGACAGAACUUAUUGUUAAAUCCUUGGAAAUCUGCAUUCGGAAUUGCAUGUUGGUAAGCUCCCACCCUUACUUAUUGAUCACACACUAUAUGCCUAAAAAUUUGUUGCAAAGAGACAUGACUUUGAAGUUGGCUGAGACAAGUGGUAAGUUCAAUGUUUUAAAGGAUUUGAUAAACGUUAUUUGCCGAAGCUGUGACGAUUAUAAUCUCAGAAAAAGAGGGGUGGGCAAACGUACCGCUAAGGAAGAUAGGGAGAAGGCUGCAUUACAUCACAAACAUAUUGGUGUGGUGUUGAGCAAUAUUAAUAAACUCACGGACUUGGUUGAGGCGCUCUUAAUCGGAAAUGUUUCCAGCCCCAUAAAGUUGAAGAGAUACGUCGGCAACUACUUGAGAAGGGACCAUAAAAAGAAUGAACCGACUAAUGCGAAUGUGACAGUGCACUUGAUACCUACUGACUUGAGUGAAGUGAAAGAAGACUUAUCUGGUCUUAAGCUUGACUUGGUGAUAAAGUUCGAUGAAUUUGUGCCUAAUGAUCUAAUUACAAAUUUAAGAUCUCAAAACAGGUCCUCUCCUGCCAGUCUUAUAAAGUUAAUUCCAAUGUUGAGUAUUGAACAUUGCAGAAUAUUCUAUGAGGGGCACGAAAACGACACUGACUACUUGUACAAGCUCAUAUCGUCUAUUGUGUGCCUCCGGGACCAGAUAGGAAUUUUAGCCCCGGACAUUUUCCCCAUAUACAACCAGGGCUUGAACUACUUGACAGCGUUUUUCAAUCAAAUGCUUGAGUCAGACUCUUACCCUGUAUGGCCCUUGCCUGGUUUACCAGAUAUUCCCGAGUUUUCCGUAAUUGACGUGGAAAAGUCUUUACUAACGGAAGUCCAUUUUCACUAUACCCCAUAUGAUACUGACCUCACGAGUAUUGAUGAUGUUAAAAGGGUUCAUAAACAUAAGAAACCCAAAAAUACUUACUAUCAGAUGAACAGAUUGAAGCUGAACUAUAUCACCAACCCACUCAUGAAUAAUUUCGAUAAUUUAAUUGGAAUAUUCAACCAUAACUUGAACAGCACAGAUUUCGGUAAUCAUAAUCAUCUGCUUUAUUUAACCCAUAAGUUGAUGAUGCAAUUAAACAACAUCUAUCUUCAAUAUGAGGUUAUCAAGCAAGAAUAUGAUAGUCACCUUUUCUACAAUGAGGACGAAGUUCAAAACAAUAGAAUUGGUAGACGGCACCAGGAAUUGGCAAAAACAUUGAGCAGUUUGUUAAUGGACGUUGACCACUCCAGUUCCAGAAUUGAGACCGGUAACAAGAAGUUCACCAAGAAGCAGGAGGAGAUUGAAGUCUUGAGGAAAGAUAUAGAAGAAAUGAAGCAAACGAUACAAAACUUCAAAGACCAUGAAGAUGUCAGAUCAUAUGAAAAGAAGAUCAAGUUGAUUGGAAACCAAAUCAAAAUUUGGGAGCUAACCAAGUCAAUCGAACAUGGUAUCGGGAAGAUUAAAUCGAAACAGGAAGAAAAAGAUUAUAUGAAAACCGAGUAUGAAAACUCUUUGAAGUCCAUUAGAGAGUCCAAGUCUUCCAUUAAUGAGUUGGAGGAAGUGAACGAGAAUCUAGGGAGACUGAUGAAGAAGAAAUCAAGAAAUUCAGAAUGGAUAGAAGCAAAUUAAUCAACAAAAUAGAAAUGAAGAAAGAAGAAAACCAGCGGUUGAAAGAGAAGUUAGUAAAGUCCUUCAGGUAUUUGAGAGACUCAUCUCAUUUGAAGAAAAGAAAAGGAAGAGGUAUAACACCUAAAUGAGUACACCGAACAAUUUAUAUUACAAUGUAUAUAUAGGCAUCUCCGACCUAAGACCAUCGAAAAUCAACACAUUAUUAAUUGGACUCUCUUUCUUACUUAAAAAUUGGAUUAUGUCUUGAGCCAAACAGCCUCCCAAAAUUGCGCUCGUAGGUGCAAACUCGGUGAAUCCUUGAUCCACAAAAAGCUUCAAGUAUUCAUCAGUAAUAAUAUCGGGAUUCACUCCAAGCUCUUCACAUGCUUUCAAAGCAUGGCUUUUGAGAGUUUCAGCAUUGAUAUCUGAGACUCUUUGAAGCUCAAAUAAUGCAAAAAUCAAUGGCAAAGACGGAGACAAUCUCUUCAAUUGCCUUUUAUUCAACUGCUCAGGAAGCAACUUCGAGCUGAAAAUCUCUUUAAUUGGUCUAUAUGAAUCAUGGAUUGUAAUGAGUUCUUUGUUCGUCAGCUCGUUGCUCUCAACUUUUAUAAUGGUUUUGUUCAAAUUGAGCUUUGUGUUUGCUUUUCUUGGCUGGUUUCCCAUAUCCUUCUCCGUUUCGUUGAUAUUGUCUAUCAAGUCCGUGAUGAUGUAUCCAAACAUCCCAUGAGUUCCAGCUAUAUAUAAGGGGAGAUUGAGCUCUCUUGUUAACUCAUUCAAUUUGAAAGUAUCGGGCUUUUGGAUCUCCGUAGCAAUUAUCAAGUCAAACUUCUUGAAAUAGGAAGGAUCGCCUUGUAUCACCGUAUCAAAACUUUUUGUGUUUAUGUUGAUCUCAACUCUAUCGUUCAAUUCUUUUAUGGAAUCCACCACAUUAGGUAACUUCAAUUCACCAAUUUUGGAAUCAUCUUUAGGCAAAAAGAACUGGGCACCAUAGUCUUCAGACUUUAUGGUUGAGUUAUCCAUCAAUUCUAUGGAAUUAACACCUCCCAAUACAAGGUUUUUUACG